AGGCCUCUCUUCUGAGUCUUCUCUCUCUCUCUCUCAAGUUCAAAUAUAAAAUGCAGCCUCCAUCCAAAACCGCUCCACCAACAUUCUCACUAACCUUUCUCUUCUCUCUCACUAAAACAAGAGAAAAUGCUGAAACGCAACCACAUGAGUCCUCUACUCCUUUACUACUUAUCCUUCUUCUUCUACUUACUCUCCUCCUCCUCCCCUCUCAAUGUGGGUGCUGCCGCCGCCGCCGUCACCGCCGCUAACCCGUUCACGCCAAAAGCGUCCCUAAUCCGUUACUGGAAGAUACAGAUCUCCAACGACCUGCCCAAACCCUGGUUCCUCCUCAACAAGGCCUCCCCACUCACCGCCGUGGAAUACGCGACUUUUACGAAACUCGCCAAUGACCAAAACGCCCUUGCCAACCAACUCCAGUCCUUCUGCUCGUCGGCCGACUUGCUCUGCUUUCCGGAUUUGGCCCAGACCCAGGAAAAACACGGCAACAACGUCGACUUCAAAGCCUACACGAACAGGAACUUCACCAACUACGGCACCGACCGGCUGGGCGGGGCCGACUCGUUCCGGAACUACUCCGAUGGGGAGAACCUCCCCGUCGACUCGUUCCGGCGCUACAGCCGCGACUCCGUCGGCCACGGCGACAGGUUCGCCAACUACGCGCCCGACACGAACGUGGCCGACCAGGAGUUCGCCACGUACGGCGUUGCCGCCACCGGCGGCACCGGCAAAUUCAGCAACUACGCCGACAACAUCAACGUCCCCAACCUCAAGUUCACCUCCUACAGCGACAACGCCAACGGGCGCGAGCAGGGGUUCGCGUCCUACAGCGAUGGCUCGAACGCCGGCGACCAGUCGUUCGCCGGCUACGGGAAAAACGGAAACGGCGCCGUCAACGGAUUCAACAGCUACGGGAAGAGCGCUAACGUUAUUGGUUCAAACUUCAACGGGUACGGCCAGUCGGCCAACGGAGCCAACGACUCGUUCAAGUCCUACGGAUCCGACGGGAACGUGCCGGAGAACGUUUUCAAGAACUACGGCGGCGGCGGAAACGCCGCCGUCGACACCUUCGCCAAUUACAGAGACCAGUCGAACGUCGGCGACGACUCGUUCACGUCGUACGAGAAGAAUUCGAACGCGGCCAAGGUCAAUUUCGUCAAUUACGGAAAAUCGUUCAACGAGGGCACGGAUAAGUUCACCGGGUACGGUAAGGGCGCGUCGGGUCACUCAAUUGGGUUCAAAACCUACGGGGUUAAUAACACCUUCAAGGAUUACGCCAAAACCGGCGUUUCCUUCUCUCAAUACGUAAACGCAUCUAUCACUUCUUCAAUGGGGAUGAUGAUGGGUGGCAAAGCUGUGAAUAAGUGGGUGGAGCCGGGCAAGUUCUUUAGGGAGGGGAUGCUGAAGACGGGGACUAUUAUGCCAAUGCCGGAUAUCAAGGAUAAAAUGCCGAAAAGGUCGUUUUUACCCCGGGUGAUCUCGUCGAAAUUACCGUUUUCAACAUCGAAGAUCAUGGAGAUGAAAAAAAUCUUUCAUGCCGGGGAAAACUCGAGCAUGGCGAGCAUGCUUGCGGCGGCGGUGGGCGAGUGCGAGAGGGCGCCGAGUGCGGGUGAGACCAAGCGGUGCGUAGGGUCUGUGGAGGACAUGAUCGAUUUCUCGAUCUCGGUAUUGGGACGUAACGUUGUGGUUCGAACCACGGAGAACACAGAGGGGUCAAAGAAAGACAUUAUGAUUGGAAAAGUCAGUGGAAUCAACGGCGGAAAGGUCACAAAGUCUGUUUCGUGCCACCAGAGUUUGUUCCCGUACUUGCUGUAUUACUGCCACUCGGUUCCUAAAGUUCGAGUAUAUGAAGCGGAUAUAUUGGACCCGAAAACCAAAGCCAAGAUCAAUCACGGAGUUGCCAUCUGUCACGUGGAUACGUCGUCGUGGAGCGCGGGUCAUGGAGCUUUUAUGGCUUUGGGUUCAGGUCCGGGUAAAAUUGAAGUGUGUCACUGGAUUUUCGAGAACGAUAUGACCUGGGCUAUCGCUGAUUGAAUCAAAGUUGUAUAAAGUGGAUUCGAACCGGGUGAGUUAAAAAUGGAGCCAGCGGUUCGAACCGAGUUGAACCCAUUGAAUUAACCGUUUUUUAAGUUACAUUUCAGCUCAAAGUUAUGGUUUAUUUUAAUAAGUUAACCAUUUGAAUUUCAGGAAAAACAUAUUUCUAA